GGGUUACUUACUGGUGCCCUCCUCCACUGUCUCCGCCUGAGCAGUCUUCGUCUGCUGCGCAGCGUCCUCUAAGAUGCCAUCGUUUAUCUUGGGGAACGCGGUAUUGACUGCGUUUGAGGCCUCCUCAGUAAAAUUGACUGGAGGGGCAGGCGCGGGGACCGGGGCGGCGAUGUCAGUAACGGUGGCCUCGGGUGCCGCGGUCACUACAGGAGCAGUCUCGGCAGCGACGGCUUCGCUCUCACCCUUGGCGACAGUUUCAGGGAUGGUGGUCUCGGGCGCUGCAGUUACACCAGUGUCUGCACCAGCAGCGACGGCUUCAACUUCGCUUUCGUCCUUGGUAACUGUUUCGGGGACGACAGCCUCAGGCGCAGUGGUGUCAGUGACGCCUGCCUCGGUAGCGACAGCUUCGAGCUCACUGUCGCUCUUGGUGACUGUUUCCUCGACCUCGUUGGCGGGUACACUGUUCCGGAGAGAAAAAUGUCAGUGUCAUUGUGCGAAACAAGCCUGCGAUGACGAAACAACAGCACAAUGUGGGUGCGAUUGAGUUCUACUCACACAUUUUUGGGGGCAUCGACUGCUUUCUUCGCGGCAGCGGCAGCACCGCCGCUCUUCUUGCCCUUGUUCUUGUUCUUU